AUGACGGCACACAACAGUGAUGAGAGUGACAACUACUCCACGGCGGCCAGCGAGGCUGCUCCUUCGAUUUCGAGCAUCUCCGAGUCUGGCUCUGACUAUUCCACGGAAACCUUCAGGUCUUCUUCUUCUUCGUCGUCGUCGUCCGCCUCUUCGUCGUCCUACUUUUCGCCCUUUACUCUGACUACUGAUGAGUCGGGAUCCUUGACGUCCACGGCCACUGGCACUGCCACGUCCAAGAGUUCUUCGAUUCCGUCCUACAAAUACUUUGGCAGUCUGUCGUCCAUUGGCGGUUCGUUUGGAUUCUUGUCUUCGUUCGAGUCCACGGAUGAAUCCGUCCGAAUUCGAGGAGCCAAAUCCGAGUUCUUUGACCAUGACAGUAUCAGCACCAACCGGCAUUACAUUACCGACACGAGUGCCGAAGAGUUCAAGAAUGAACACUCAGAUACAGAUGAUGAUGGUACUACUAUUACUGAUGGCGUGGGAUUUGAGAUUACCAUUGCUGAUUCGUCCAGCUAUUCCCUGUCGUCAAAAGAAGGCAGCAAGAAAUAUCUCUCUUCGGUCAGUACCAACAUUUUGGAACCGAGCGACAGCGAAGAUGACAAGAGUCUUCCUUCCAUUACCAACAAUAAGAGUAUUGGAACCGUCAGUGAAGCAGAUGCUCAGACACAACUCAUGGCCAAUCUCAAACCAAACCUCGUCAGUAUGGAUGAAGAUGACGACGACAACAAGAGUCUGGCCACGGUUCAUUCCAGGGCGUCCCACAAGAGCACGCGCUCCAGUGCGUAUCCGACCGAUGAAGAGGAUGCGAUCGUGUCUCCUCCUCAAGUCAACACAUCACAAUGGAACAAUUAUGGCAGCAACUACAUGGAUGAAAUUGACAUGUCGUGUCCAUCCACCAUGAGCAGCAGCGACCACAAAUUGAAGUACAUUAGCGAGAUUGACAUUAUGGACAGUAGCAGCCAAUCUACCAACAAGAGCAAAAGCAGUGCUGGCAAGAAGGCAAAGAAAUCUGCUGACAAUAAUACGAAGCUUGCAGACUACAAACCCGAAUUUGAACGAGGGGAUCACGUCUACCAAUGGUGCAGUAUAGCGGGAGUCCCCCGGGUCUUUCAGCACCAUGGUAUCGUGAUGCAUGUGUCGAUCCACCCAGGAGACAAGGAGGGAGAAUGGAAAGAAGAGUUGACCAUUGCCGACUUUUCCAACUUUUUGCCAGAAACCGCGGAACCAGGAACGCAGCCGUCAGAAGAACAAGAACAACAAGUAGUAGCUUAUAUCGAAUCCAAGGGAACCGACGAGGAUGGUGUGGAUUUGACCAUUUUGCCCCCGUCCAAGAGAUCCAAGAGCAGCAAUGGUGAUGAAUUGCCGCCAAGGCCACCCUCGUCGUUUCGAUGGAACAACAAGGCCGAUACUUCCUUUGUGGGCAUGGGCGCAUCCACAGGAGGAAUCUUGCGGGUCUACACAACAACUCACUCUAGUACAGAGGACACAUCAUCUCUAUUGUCGUCUGCUUGGCACAAGGUAGAAUACGGUGCCCCGCGUUGGAAGACCAUGAUUUCUCGAUCGGGUAUUAGUACAACGGCGGUGGCCAGUGAUGCACCCGAAGUUGUCUUGAACCGGGUCAACUUUUUGCUCGUCCAAGCGGAACGAGAAGCCAACGAUACGUUUCGUUCGUCCAUUCUACCCAAAUAUCAUUUACUAUGGGCCAACUGCGAAUGCGUUGCGACGUGGUGCAAGACAGGGAAAUGGUCCACGUUGCAGGGUGCCGCCGGUUUGGCCGGUGCGACGUGGGGAGGAACCAUGGCCAUUGGCCGUGCCGCGGCAGCACAAGAGGCAACUGCUGCUACCGUAGGGUUGAUGGGCAUGGCAGCGCCCGCCUCGUGGGUUGUGCCGGCCAUGGCUGCGUACGGAGCCAUGGCGGUCGGUGGAAGCACAGGCACGCUGUUGGUGGCGCGGUCCAAGUGGAAGGCAACCACCGAACGAUUAAAUGAGGCAUUGCACAAGGAACGAAUGCGUGCAACCCCCUUGAAUAUGAUGUAG